AUGGAUUUAAGAAUACUCUACUUUAUUAUUUUCUUUGGACAAGUUUCAAGCUUCAAAUUGAUAAAUUUCGAGCUGUCGUUUGAAAAUAAAAACUUAAUAGAAGCAUUCAAAGCGAUCAGAAAUGAAGUAAAGAAGAAUUUUGCAGCAAAAGGCUUCAAUUUAUUGUCAAUUGAAGAUCCAGGACUUGUAGAAAUACACGAGGCAGUGAAGCUUGAGAUCAUUAAAUUCGCAUUUGAGUCAGAAAGUAUUGAAAUGCCAAAUAUUAAUUCUUUAUCACCAGAACCCUACAGGUACACAAGUUUGAUUAUUGACAACAUUGCUGCUUUUAAGGCACACAAAGUUUUCAUAAAUUCUUCAAAGUUUAAAUAUUCUGGAUUUCAUGUUGUAAUUUUAUUAACUGGAACUAUUGAUGAUGUUAAUGAGAUAUUUGCUCAGUUUUGGUUGGAAUCAAUCUACGAUGUCAUUACUUUGAUCAAUUGUAAUGGGAGUUUGCUGUUGAAUUUUGAGCCAUUUAAGGAACCUCAAAAAUGUGGUGACACAAGUCCAAAGAUCAUUAAUCGGUUUGUGAAUGGAAAAUUUUCUAAAAUUAUAACUCUGAAUAAAAGGUUUAAGAACAUGAACCGAUGUCCUAUCAAUGUCAUAACCUUCGAAGACGCUGUUGCUGUAACAAAAGAGACUUUAACAAACAAAUCUUUCAUUCUACGUGGACACGAAGUUAAUAUGAUCUAUACUAUUGCUGAAAUGCUAAAUUUCACAUUAAAAAUAAUAUUUAAAGAAGGAACUGGACAGUGGGGAUAUAUUUAUAAGAAUGGAACUUGCACACUAGGAUUUGCAGAACUUAGAGAUAAGAAAACAGAUAUUAUGUUUGGAGACAUGUACCUCAAAUUGUCAAGAGUCAAAUAUUUUGACAGCAGUGAGUCUUUUAAUAAUUAUCCAGUGUUUUUUGUACUUUCGCCUGAAAAGAAGUUGAGUUGGUUACAAAAGCUACUAAAGCCAUUUGAUUUGAUUGUUUGGAUUCUGCUGCUGUUAACUUUUUGUUUUGGAAUUACAGUGGUUUUGAUCAUAAAUCGAAAAUUCAAAUACUUAAAACCAUUAGUCUAUGGUCAUAGAAUCAAUCAUCCAAUUAUCAACAUGAUUAGUGUCUUUGUUGGUCAAGCACAAUCGAUUCUGCCAAAAAAGAAUUUUGCCAGAUUCAUUCUAAUGCUUUUUAUGAUAUUCUCAUUUGUCAUUCGAGGAGUUUAUCAAGGAUUCUUACACAAAUCCUUACAGUCAGAUGGAAGACUUAAGGAACCGCAAAGUGUUCAAGAAUUGAUCGACAAGACAUACAACUUUAUAAUAAGCGAACCAAAUUUGGAUUUCUUAAAGAAUUAUCUACCAAAAAGCUAUGAUCAAGCUAAGAUUAAAGAAAAUAAUGAAAUGAAUUUGAAUAUAUUUUCGGGAUAUUCCGAAAGAACUGCAACGCUUGCAUCAAAAUUUGAAUUGUUAAGAUACAGCUUGGAUCAUAACAAAUUUCCUUUUAAGAUCUGUAAGGAAAGUUAUAUAACAAUCAAUAUAGUCAUGUACUAUUAUAAAAACUUUUUCCUUAAGUCAGCAAUUGACGAGGCACUAAGGAGGAUCCUAGCUCACGGAUUCAUGGAACAUUGGUCAAAGGAAUUUGAUAAAACUGACAGAUGGAAGAUAAAGAACAAAAAACCAAUAGUUUUGACGUCAGAGCAUCUUUCAGGUGCUUUUAACUUAUUGAUAAUUGGAUAUUUUGUAGCUUUUUUGGUGCUUCUCGGAGAAGUUUAUUUUCAUAAAUUGAAUAUUCAAUAA